UCGGGGGCGGGAGGGGCAGUCCCGUGCCGGGCCGUCCGCGAGGGUGGGCUCGGAGCAGGCCGCACUGGGAAGCAACCCCACUCCCACCACGGAGGCCCCCUGGCCUUUCUCCCCCCUUACCUUCGGCCCAUGGUGCGAGGCUGGGAGCCGCCGCCCGGGCAGGACAGCGCUAUCUCCGAAGGGCACAAAUCAGGAAGCACCAUGCCUCCUAAUAAAGAGGCCAGCAGUCAUAACAGCUCCCCUGUGGGGCUCAUCUGCCUCCCUCCAAUCUCUGAAGAGCUACAGCUUGUGUGGACCCAAGCAGCCCAGACCAGUGAGCUGGAUAGCAAUGAACACUUGCUACAAACUUUCAGCUAUUUUCCCUACCCGAGUCUAGCAGACAUUGCCCUUCUUUGCCUACGAUACGGGCUGCAGAUGGAGAAAGUCAAGACUUGGUUCAUGGCUCAGCGCCUUCGCUGUGGCAUCAGCUGGUCAUCUGAAGAAAUAGAAGAGACCCGAGCCCGAGUCGUCUAUCAUCGCGAUCAACUCCACUUCAAAUCCCUUCUCUCAUUUACUCAUCAUGCAGGAAGGCCCCCAGAGGAGGUGCCUCCUUCUCCAGCGCCACCUCCAGAACAAACCGGUCAUGGAAUAGUGCCCCUGACUCUUAGCGAGCCUACCCAGAUGAAAGCAUUGAAGGCAGAGCCUGAGGAAUCCUCUGAGUCACUGAGUCACCAGAAAGCAAAGAAGCCCCUGAUGGCACCUGGCAGUGAGGCACUCCCAAGCCAAUCAGAUUUUUGGCAGGAUCGUCAAAGAAGUGGCGUCUCUAAGAAGCAGGCAGGCAGGGGUCCCAACCAGUCACAGAGCCUAGGUACUGCUUCCUGGAACCACUCCCCACCUGUCCAGCAGCAGCAUACUCGGGACAAGCCCCCACCAGUCUCAUUACUUGCCAGUAGUUGUAAACAGGAGUCAGCAACUAAAGGGACUCCUCCUUCCUCUACCUCUUCCUCUUUCCAGAUACUGGCUAAUGGAGCUACUGUCACCUCUAAACCCCACCAACCACUAGGUUGUAUCCCACAGCCACUGUCACCCAAUGAACAGGCACUACCCCCACACAUGGAGCCAGCCUGGCCGCAGGGGCUCAGGCAUAAUUCAGUACCAGCUAGGGCUGGCCCUGCAGAGUACCUGUCCCCAGAUAUGCAGCGCCAGCGCAAGACCAAGCGCAAAACCAAAGAGCAGCUGGCUAUCCUUAAAUCAUUUUUUUUACAGUGCCAGUGGGCACGGCGUGAGGAUUACCAUAAAUUAGAACAGAUGACUGGUUUACCUCGGCCUGAGAUUAUUCAGUGGUUUGGUGACACACGCUAUGCCUUGAAGCAUGGGCAACUAAAAUGGUUUCGGGACAACAUAGUACCUGGUGCCCCUUGUUUUCAGGACCCAGCUAUUACCACACCACUGCCUUCAACCCCAUCCUUGAUUGAAUGGGCUGAUACACCACCUCUGCCAAGCCCCCCACCCCCACCAGACAUACGGCCCUUGGAGAGGUAUUGGGCAGCCCACCAACAACUGCGGGAAAGUGACGUCCCUCAACUGAGUCAGGCAUCAAGGCUUAGCACCCAGCAGGUACUGGAUUGGUUUGACUCCCGAUUACCUGAGCCAGCAGAGGUGGUGGUUUCUCUAGAUGAAGAUGAGGAAGAGGAGGAGGAGGAAGAACUGCCAGAAGAUGAUGAGGAUGAAGAGGAGGAGGAGGAAGAUGAGGAGGAGGAGGAGGAUGUGAUCAUACAGGACUGAGUUGGGGGAAGGGGAGGGGAAGUCAUGUUACUAAAGAUGAACCAAUUUAGUAACUUUAAACAAAGAUACCACAUUUUUAAAAAUUACUUUGUGGCAAAAAACUGAAGAGCUUUGUGUUCUGGAAGUUGGGUUCAGGGAUAUAGUGAGGUUGGACCAGGGAGGAUGUCCAUAGGUCAAAGAGAAGAGGGAGUUUGGAUGCGCAGAAACCCAGGCCUCUCCUCUAGCUUCAGUGAAGAGAGGGCCAUGAAUCUGCUCAAAGCUAUGGACUGAGGAAAGGCUCCUGUUCUCCUAUCUGCUGUUCUUUCUUGGUGUACUGUAGAGACCUGACCUUGGCCCUAUAUCUAUAAAAGGAUUGGAAAAGAGGAGUAAAGAAUUUGGAUUCAGUGACUGCAGUGCCUCCCCAGUCCCUCCCAGUCCCACCACUUCCCCUGGAAUAGAAGGCUGCUUUGUAUCACUUUCUUUGCUAGAUGAAGGCCAUGCUAGGAAAUCAGCUAAGAAUCUCAGUGUCCCAAUCUCAUCACAAAUUUCCUCUUCUUUACACCAACUCAACGUUACAUAUUUUACCUGUGAGAUUACUGAGUUGCCCACAGCAGAAGGUUUUCUGAUACUGGGACCACUUUGCCUUGUACCAUUUUAUCUAUUUCUGAAACCCCCACUCUGUACACUGUUUGUCUCAGGGUAAAUCUUCCCCACGGAGCUUGUGAAAAAGUUUAAUAAUUGGGUGGAGAAUAAUUUGGAUAUUUAUUGGAGGUGGGAAUUAAGGGAGAUGUCCUUUAAGAGUAAAUUAGAUAACAGAGGGAUAGAGGAGAGGGAAUGGUUUUUACUGUUCAGAAGGACAGUACAGAUAGGUUCCAGGUUUGGUUUUACAAACCUGCCUAGCUUGAAAGAGACUGAUAUUUUCAUUUUGGUGGUGUUUCAAUUUGUGUCCAAAAAAAGAGACUUUUCUCUCGUUGUGGUCCUCUCUAUAGGAUCUAUACUGGGACAGAGGGACCCGGGUCUUUACUGAGUUAUUGCUGCUUUAGAUGGUUUUAUCAGUUGGGGUCAGAUACAAAAAUAUCAAUGGUUUAGCCACUUAGAAAUAAAAGUGGAAACCCCAAGUUAUUAGAAUAAUAAAAAAGCCAAAAAUAAAAUUGUUU